AUGGACCCCGCCGAGCAACCAGAACCGACUCUACCGCCGGCUGAGCAGAUGCGCCAGAAGCGCCUUGCCAUGCUGAGCAGAAUGGGCGCCACGUCCCCGUCACCAACUCAGUCCGGCGGUUCGUCACAGCCAUCCUCCAGCACCGCAAGCACCCCCCGGAUAGCCUCGCCGCCCCCGACCGGUGAGAGCAAGCAACCGCCCGCCGAGCCCGUCCAGAGGCCUUCCGCCAGCAGCCCAGCAGCCAAACAAACACCAUCUCAGACGAGGCUCAAGAAGACAGCCGAGGGCGAAGCAGUUCCGUCACCACCAGCCAAGAAGGCCAACGCCAACGUACGCGAGGAGCCUCUCGAGGACUGGAUCGACCGGGUUCUAGGCGACGCAUUCCGUAUCACGUUAGACCCAGCGCGAACGCAAACAGUUGAUGGCCGUGGUGUCAAAACCUACAUCCCCAAUACCGCCGAUGAGCUGCAACAGGGUGGCGAAGCCCUGAAACUGACAGCCUCCAAUAUCGAUUCGGCAAUUCUCGAGGCUGCUAGUGCACAACCGGUUGAGAAGCCGCUGCUCAACUACCUCCUGCCCUGCUUCAAGCGACUGGUCAAGAUCAUCUCGUCCAUCAGACGUCCAACUCCCGAGAAACAAGCCGUUCUAGAGGAGGCCAAGCGUUUGUGCAUGAGCAACUGUAUUUUUGCUGUGACGAUGCCCGAGUUGUUCAGCCGGGAGGCCAACCCCAACCAUGACACCCUUGUGCCCUAUCUGCUCCGACACCAUGACAAUGAGGACGGCAUAUGUCUGGAAUUUUUCGAUGAUGCAGUCGCCCGUAUCAAGGAAGAUGAUACCGUUGCCCCCGUCUUUGCAGACGCCAUGGUCCAGCUUAGCAGCAAGCUUGCCACCAUGUCUAUGAACGAUGACUACAAGCCAUACGUCAACUGCUUGGUUACAUACGCACGCUAUCCAAUUCUUUUGGAGACCCUGGCUCAGCAUCCCCGUUUCCUCGUGGAGACGACUCCAGAGAUGACAAAGGAGCAGCUUGCCAUUUCCAGCGAAACACAUACCAUCCUCGGCCCUUUUUUCCGGAUCUCACCGUUACAGGCAGACGUGACAAAAACGUAUUUUGCUAAUCCCCGAUCCAUCGACCGGGGCCACAUUCAGACGUCGCAGAGCGCGCUACAGAUGUCCUUGAAAGCACACCAAGGCGACCUGACCAGUAUCAUCAAUGCUUUUGUUCGAGCGGGCCAGACGCCCAAAAACCGCACUCUGGACUGGUUUGCUUUCGUCAUGAACACGAACCACAAACGACGUGCUCUUCAUGUUGAUCCCAAAGAAGUCGCCUCAGAUGGCUUCAUGGUCAAUAUCACUGCGAUCCUCGAUCAACUGUGCGAGCCUUUCAUGGACGCCACCUUUUCCAAGAUUGGCAAAAUCGAUGUCGACUAUCUAAGGCGCAGUCCAAGGGUUGACAUGAGCGAUGAGACCAAACUGAACGCAGACCAGGCCGCCUCCGAUGCCUUUUACAGCAAAAAGGCUGACGGGGCGUCAAACUUUAUAUCAGAAGUAUUCUUUCUGAACCUUGCUGCGCAUCAUUAUGGUAGCGAAGCCACGAAUGCAAAGCUCAAAGACCUAGACCGUGAGAUAAAGCAUCUACAGAAGGUCGAGAAGGAGGUGAGCGAGCAGGUCAGAAAGCUCCAAGGAAGCCCCUUCCAAUUGAACAUUGCCCAAAGGCAGCUGGAUAGGGUCAAUACUGUCAUUGACAAGACAAUGGCGCUGCGAUUCUCGAUAGAGGGUGUGCUUACGGACAAGAGUAUGCAGACUCUGUCUCUACAAUUCAUGCGUUAUGUCACAGUAUGGCUUCUUCGGGUUGCUAGUCGCUCGGCCUACGUUCCUGGCCAAGACUUGAAACUUCCUCUACCAGCCGAGCAACCCGAUGCCUUCAGCUGUCUACCAGAGUAUGCCUUGCAGGAUGUGGUUGACAACUUCAAGUUUGUCUUACGGUUCAUGCCUCAGAUCAUGAUAUCGGCUGUAGGCGACGAGAUUGUUGCUCUUGCAAUCACCUUCCUAAGGUCCUCAGAGUACAUCAAGAACCCUUACUUGAAAUCUUCACUGGUGACGGUCCUCUUUGCCGGGCAAUUCCCUAUGUAUCAUCUAAGUCGCGGUAUACUUGGUGAUAUUCUAGUUGGUUCUGGGUUUGCCAACGAAUAUCUGCUUCAUGCUCUCAUGAAGUUUUACAUAGAAUGCGAGCACGGUACGAGUACGGCAUUCUACGACAAGUUCAAUAUCAGAUACGAGAUUUUCCAAGUCAUCAAGACGAUUUGGCCCAACACCGUGUAUAAGGAGCAGCUUGACAAAGAGAGCAGGACAAAUCGUGGAUUUUUCGUCCAUUUCGUCAGCUUGUUGCUCAGUGACGCCACUUAUCUGCUUGACGAAGCUAUGACUAAACUGGUCAAGAUUCAUGACUACCAGAAGCAACUGCAGGACCAAACCCUUUCGCAAGAAGACCGGGAGAAAAUAGUCACAGACCUCGAGCAAGCCGAAGGCCAGUGCCAGAGCUUCAUGCAACUCGUCAACGAGACAAUGGCCAUGAUGAAGCUCUUUACAGAGACUUUGAAGGAUGCCUUCACAAUGCCAGAGAUUGUUGGUCGAUUGGCCAAUAUGUUGGACUACAAUCUCGAUACGCUGGUGGGACCCAAAAGGGGUAACCUCAAGGUCGAGGAUGCAAGGAAGUAUAAUUUCGACGCCAAAACCCUCUUGUCUGACUUCAUCGACAUCUAUGUAAAUCUGGAGUCGAAACAGCCGUUCAUCGAGGCGAUUGCCGAAGAUGGACGAUCAUACAAGCCUCAGAAUUUUGAAGAGGCUACCAAGAUUCUGGGCACGAGAAGUCUGAAAUCUCCCGAGGAGCUGGCAGUUUUUGACAGACUCAAGCAGAAGGUGAAGAGUGCCAAAGAGAUUGCAGACCAAGCCGAGUUGGACCUUGGUGAGGUCCCCAGCGAUUUUGAAGAUCCCCUCCUGGGAACUUUGAUGACUGAUCCCGUCAUAUUGCCUUCAAAUAACAUCGUGGACCGGUCAACAAUUGUACAGCAAUUGCUUGCCAAUCCCUUGGACCCUUUCACACGAAGCCCAAUGACAAUCAACGACGUAGUCCCAGCCGACGACUUACGUGAGAGGAUACAGGCCUGGAAAGCAGAGCGAAUAGCUGCUGUCAAGGCGCAGGCAUCAGGUGAUGUGAUGGACACAACCUCGGGUUAA